AGAAAAAGGCGGACGCCGAUUCCAGCGCAGCACCAGCCGCCUCUCAGGCAUCCGCAGCCACCGCGUCUUCAACAGCGCAGGCUGACGUCAGCAGCAAGGGGGCGGAGGCGGAGAAAAUGGAGAAGGCGGAGAAGGUGGGGAAGGCGGAGGAGAGCGGCGGAAGCAAGGAGCUGAAGGCGGAGGAGGUGGAGGAGCUUAUCAGGCGGAUUGUGGAGGACGUGGAGAAGAAGAAGGGCAGUGCCGCGCUUGACUCCAAGGUGUCGGACCUGACUCUGGAGGCCAUCAUGGGUCCGCGCAACCUGCUGGACGACUGGAUUUUCCGCCAAAGCGGCCGUUUCUGCUCCCCACCGCCGUGUGAGUUCUCCCCUCCCCCCCCCAUUCCCUCUUUCAACGCUAUCAGCUACACACUAGUAGCGGUCAACAUUGCGGUUUUCCUCUUUGAGCUCGCCAGCCCUGUUCCUACCCUUCCGCCUUCCCUCACUCUCGUCCUCUUUCCCCCUUUUCCGCCCCUCCCCCAUCCUUGCCCUGUCACCUUCAUCAGCUACACGCUAGUGGCAAUCAACAUUGCGGUGUUCCUGUUUGAGCUCGCCAGUCCCGAGGCGGUGCCAGGAGUGAUCACCACGUCGCUGCCAGCGCUGCUCGCUGCCAAGGUCAACCCACUCAUCGAGGCCGGCGAGUGGGUGGCGCCUCCUCACGCCCUCCCUCCUCCACGCGGGAAUCAUCCACCUGUCAGUGGGCACGUUCUUCCUGCUGGGCAUCGCAGGCACGCGGGAAUCAUCCACCUGUCAGUGGGCACGUUCUUCCUGCUGGGCCUGGGCAGUGUGCUGGAGUUCGCCAUCGGCCCCCUGGGUCUGCUCGCAGUCUACUUCUCCUCUGGCCUCGCAGGCAACAUCACCUCGUUUCUGCAGACGCCUGACGUUACCGUUGGCGGCACGGUGAGGGUCCCAUUCCCUCUCUUUUCUCCCUCCUUAGGCGUUCCCCCUGCUCCUCCUGUCCUCCUUACCCACUGCAACUCACCUCUUGUAUUGCGGCGUCUCAUUGGCCCAGUGUACGGGGUGGCAGCAGCGUAUGCGGCGUUUCUGAUAAAGAACCGGGAGGUGAUCGGCACGGAGACAGCAGACAGCAAUGUGCGCGAGUCGCUCAUCAUCGCUGCGCUCUUUGCCCUCUUUGCCAAACCCCCUGCCCAUCGACCCCUCGUGAGUGCCACUCCCGGCCGACUUGCUCGUAGAAUGAUAAGGAAUUGGUAUCAUCUCCUUCUGUCAGGGAGGCGUUGGCAAGCGACAGCCUACACGACACGUGGCUCCGUGUAA